GUUUGACCUUAGAGUUACCUCCCUUUUCGAUGGACUGGAAACAUUGGGGAAAUGAGUGAAAAGUUUGAAACAUUCGACAGUCCUAGGCGAAAGCCGCAAGCAAGUGGCAGCGACAGCCUGCUGUAUUCCGGGAGCCAUCAACAUGUUCCGUAUCAGAGACCACCCGAGCCGAAACAGGCCGAUCAAUUUCCGAAAGCUGCUGGGGCUGUCAUUGGACAUGCAAGUGUUUGGAUUUUCGAAACCAUGGCACACCCCUUCAUUGUCUUCAGGAGAUCAUGUCAGAUCAGUCCAGGAUCUACAUACCAUUUGACACCUUUCACUGUUCCAACAGUUGGCUUUCAGCUUAGCAGAAAUAAGCCCCCAGCAUGGGUGUACAAGGGCUUCAUCAGUUCUCUACUGACCCGGGGCAUCAACAUGUUGACAGAAAAUGUCCUCAAUGAGGUUACAAACUGGCCAUUGGCAGUGUCUGUUUAUAGUUCACUGAAGAAACAGUGUUUCCAUUUGCUGCUAAAGUGGACUGGGUAUCUGUUGUGUGCUCCACUGUAUAUCACGAGCUAUGUUGAAACAGUUCAGAGUUUCGGGGCGAACGACUCGCCAUCCCUAUUUGAGUUUCUCACAGAGGGUUGCAGUCGCCUGUUUGGGCGCACAUACCAGCACACAUGGAUGGUCCCAAUGUGGACGCUGCUCGUCCCCACGGCAACGUUUCGAUUGUGUCACUAUGGAGUACAGCAGGUUACAUCGCACCUUGUUUUGAGAUACCUGACUGAGGAGAAACAGGCAACAGAGAUGCAGGACGAUUCAUCCGUGGAUUAUGUAAAGCAAACGCAUCAUGAGCAGAUAUAUCCCGGACUGGUUGCAAAUUUUGUUAGCUUUCUUGUGGCAGACAUAGUCAUGUUUCCGUGUGAAACAGUAUUGCACAGACUCUAUAUCCAAGGCACGAGAGUUCUUACAGACAAUAUGGACCAUGGUCGUGAAGUUUUAGGUGUUCAUUUUCGAUAUAACGGGAUCUUUGACUGCUUUUGGCAGAUUCUACGCGACGAGGGAAUGAAUGCGUUCUUUCGAGGAUUUGGAGCGCUGAUGUUGCAAUAUUCUUGUCAUUUUAUCGGAUUAAGACUUAUAAGUUAUGCGUUAGAAAGUGUAUCUGUUGGAAUGAAGAGAAAUGUGGCGGCAAGAAAGCGAUGAAAUGAUGAAAGUACAAGAAAAGGGGUUUUGAAGUUGUAGAUAAACAAAGAACGUUUACUUUUGAUCAUCAAUAGUUUAAGGUGAUAAGUAAACAGAGACUGUGUUUAUUUGUCAUUUGAGAUGGAAUUAUUAUGAUGUUAAGCGGAGACUUUCUCAGACAUAGGCCAUGAUUAAAAACAGUCUCAAGUCCAAGUCUAGAUUCAGAAACACAUUUAUUAAAGUUGCACUCUUACUCCCAAAUAAGAUUUACCACAAUUCAUAAUAUUGUUUAAAUAUUCCAUAAGGGAUGGAUAAAUGUCAAAAACAAUGGUUCUGAUGAAGGAUACCGAGUUCAAUUGGAAACAAAUGAGCAUAAAACACAUUAUUUCUACCUUAUGACACUAAAGUAGAUCACAGUAAAUCUUUUAGCAUUCACCAAUCAUUUAAUAGUUUUGCGCUUAAAUACACAGUUACAAUCUUGUUAUCAGUAAUUAAUAGUUUCCAUAAGUGCAUUACUUAGUAAGUAGUUAAAGGUUUGUCAGUCAAAAUUAAUAUUUGUAAUACAUGUGAAUGUAUUGAUUUUGAAUAAGAGUGUCACUUUAAAUUACAAAGAAUCAUCUUUAUUCCAUUUGUUAAAACAAAAAUAAAUGUGAAUAAUUGUACAAUUUCGUAUAAUGAUUACUUUCAGCAAAUUUCAUCAUGAAAACUCAGCUAGAAAAAAAGUUACAAUGAAAUGAAGAUUUGCAGUUUUGCUAUUUGAGUCUGAACUCAUGUAUGAGACUUUUUUAAAUUAUGGCUCAUGGUGGGUUGGAGGUUGUUUGCCAUAAGUGGCCAGAAUAAUCCAUUUGAUUCUACAAUCAUGUGCUAUUAUUUAUUGACAAAUAUAAUCCCUUUAACGUUAAUUGCACCAGUGCCAUGGUAAUUCAUCUUCCUACAAGCUGUUUAUACUUUUCAGUUGGAACCUGUUGACUCAAUAUCCCUGGAACCAUAAAAAUACUUUGAGCCUCGCGAAAAUUGAGCCAAGCAGGAAUGCUUACAAAAAAGUUAAUAAAAAAAGGUCCUUGACAUCCAGUAAAUCUAGCCAAGUGAUAUCGUGUCAAUGGGUUUCGACUGUAUAAUUGAACCAAAUGAUCACAUUCAUUGUGUUGAAAUGACCCUUGUUAAGAUCCAAAUAAUCGUAUGCAAAUACUUUCUUCAUUGUAAGAAAAUUGAUUUAUUUCAUGAUUUCCGGUGUGUUUUUAGCUCGACUAUUCGAAGAAUAAGGAGAGCUAUACUACUCACCCUGGCAACGGCUUUGGCGUCACACCUUGGUUAAGGUUUUGCAUGUAAGAACCUUUAAGUCAUUAUCUCAGGGAAUACAUCAGUUAUUGCAUUGAAACUUUGGAUAUGUAUUCCCAACUAUCUUACAUACUAAAUAAAUGAAGUUAGAUAACAAUUAUUUGAAAAUAAUGCAAAUAAUAGGUCUUUAUUAUUCGACUUCUUGUCAAAUUCUUGUUAAGGUUUUGCAUGUAAGCACACAUAGGUUAAUAUCUCAGCAACUACUUGAGGUAUUGCAUUGAUACUUGAUACAAUGGUACUAAACCAUCCAACCUACUAAAUUAACCAAGUUAGAUAACUCUAGUUUGCAUUUAAUGCAAAUAAUUUCCCUUUAUUAUUCGACUUAGAAAUUCUGGUUAAGGUUUUGCGUGUAAGCACACAUAGGUUAAUAUCUCAGCAACUACUUGAGGUAUUGAAUUGAGACUUUAUACAAUGGUAGUCAACCAUCCAACCUACUUAAUUAAUCAAGUUAGAUAACUCUAGUUUGCAUUUAAUGCAAAAUAAUUUCCCUUUCUUAUUCGACUUAGAAAUUCUGGUUAAGGUUUUGCAUGUAACCACAUUUAAGUUAAUAUCUCAGCAAAUAUAUCAUGUAUUGCAUUGAAACAUUAGAUAUGUAUUCCCAGAUAACACUUUUUUUGAAUAUAAUGCAAAUUAUGGGCCUUUAUUAUUUGACUGAGAAAUUCUGGUUAAGGUUUGCAUGUAAGCACACAUAGGUUAAUAUCUCAGCAAUUACUUGAUGGAUUGCAUUGAGACUUGAUACAAUGGUACUCAACCAUCUACUUAAAUAACCAAGGAAGAUAACUCCAGUUUGCAUCAAAUUAAAAUAAUGGCCCCUUUUUUAUUCGACAUAGAAAUUCUGGUUAAGGUUUUGCAUGUAACCACUUUUAAGUCAAUACCUCAGCGAAUACAUCAUGUAUUGCAUUGAAACUUUACACACAGGCUCCCAUCUAUUUAACCUUCUUAUUUAAUCAAGUAAGAUAACUCUAUCUUUUAUAAUAUAUAAUUUUUGCCCCUUUAUUAUGCGACUUAGAAUUUCUGGUUAAGGUCUUGCAUGUUAGCACACAUAGGAUAAUAUCUCAGCAACUAUUUGAUGUAUUGCAUUGAGACUUUAUACAAUGGUAUUCAACCACCCAACUUAAUUGAAUAACCAAGUUAGAUAGCUGUAUUUUUCAAAUAAUGGCCCUUUAUUAUUAGACUUAGAAAUUCUCGUUAAUAUUUUGCAUGGAACUACAUUUAUGUUUAUAUCUCAGCACACCAUGUAUUGCAUUGAAAUCUAAUCUAACAGUGAUCAAUGCAUGUUUCGCCAAAACUUUUCAAUCCUUACAUUGAAAAGUGGCGGAAUAGUCGAGCGUGCUGUCUCUGUGACAGCUCUUGUUUAUAUAUAACAGUGGAUUAUAUCUGGAUAAGCUCAUCAUUUGAAACAGUGAGUUUAUUGAAAAAUAAUUUCACUGUUUUCAAAGAUUUUACCAGAUUCAUUGUAAAAAUAGUAACAUAAACGCAUACAAUGCCGGGAAAAAUAUGCAAUGACGUCAUUUGCUUGCAUUUUCCGGUAUGACAUCAUUUGGUUGAAAAAAUUUGCACAGUUUUCCUAUUACAUAUAAAUAUCGUUGUUGAUUAUAAGCAUGAAAUAAAUGGAAGAUUUAACUAUAAGCAUGAAAUAAAUUGAAAAAUUGUUUGUUGCUGUGUAAGAUUGCAAUAUAUAUCACUUUGUGAACACCAAAAGUACAUAUUUCCCAUGAGGCAAAGCAACUUGUAUAUUAUAUUGCUUUUGGUGCUAAUUUGGUGAAAUAUAUUGCAUAUCUUAAACAGAAAUAAAUUAUUAUCCUCUAUGUGUUUCAUUUGUAAGGAUGGCUCUUUUAAGUUUAGUAACAACACAAAUGAAUUUUAAUUGCCAGACAUGUAUUUUUGGCUUAUUUGGGAUAUUUUGCAGUGGACCUUACACUGCAUAUUUGGAUGUGCUACGCCUUAACAAUUAAAUAUUGUGAGUGCAUUGUCAUGUAUUUAGUGUUGUCACAUUUGGAGACGAAUAAAAUUCGUUGUUGACAAAAUCCCCCAUCCCCCACCCACCAAAUUUACAUUGAAAUACAAAAUCCUCACUGUUCCUGACAUUUUACUAAAUAUGUUGCUUAAUUUGUGUAAUAUUACACUUGAUUACAUUUUACAACAGUUUUACUCCCAAACAAUAUAAAAGAUGGUUUAAAUCAAUGGAGGGGAGGGAAUUUUUCCAUCUUGGCAAAAUAUGGUGGGGUGUGGGGAUGGGAAUGUGGAGAUAGUUUCAAGUUAGUGGUCCCCACUUACUCUGCCUAUUCAUUCAAUAAUGUGGUGAAACAAAUCUUUUUAUAUCAGCCUGGCAGCUGCUUAGAGGCUGCAGUCCAUGGCAUACUAAGCAGAUGUGGGGGUAGCGGCCCCCAUAAUGUCAUGAUGAAGUGUUUUUACACUCCAAGCCCCAAUUUCUCGAAACUUCUUCAGUCAGUUAUAACAGGAUUAAACUAAGCACUAUUUUUGUUUUUAUAUAAUUGCGUAAUAUUAAGAGUAAUUUGCGCAAUAAUUUUCAUUUUCCAAAUCAAAUUUAAGUAUGUAUUAAGACUAAUUGAAAUAAGCCUAAACAGUUUUGAGAAAUUGGGGCCAGGGUAACGCUAAACUGGAUUUUGUACUUCACUUGUCACAUUAUAUCUCGAAGAGAAUGAGACUUGUUCUCUGGUACUUGUUGAACAAGAUUCUGGAAACAUGUUUUAAGGUUUAUGUAGAAGUGUUUUUUUUAACUGCACUCUCACAGAUUGACCGUAUUGACAACCUUUUUUUAUUAUUUUCUGUGGAAAUGAGCCAAUUUUUGUGUAUGGCAUUUUUUCAUAUUUACGUUUGAAAAUUGAUGUUUUAUAAUUAAAAAUGUUAUUAUUGCUUUUUAAAAUGAGUUUUUUGGCAGUUUUCCAAGCAAUUUAGAUCUGUUCUUAACAGUAUUAUAUGACUGAAUUGAAGGCAUCGAUGCCAAAAUCAGCUGAUUCUGAGACAAAAAAAAGUCCAAACUGUCAAUCUGUGUGAGUGCAGCUUUAAGGAUAUAUUAUUUGCGAUGCAUAUUAAGUCAUUGGUGCAUAUUUAAGUAUUUUUGUUGUCCAUUGCAGUACCUCAUUUCAUGAAAUUCCUGCUUCAUAUGAUUGUAUUAAUGAUUUGUCUUUAUUUAAUUACCAACCAAAUUUGAGUACAAUGAAAUAAUGAAAUUGUUGUUAAUUUGAUUUUUAAGUUUUUGUGAUAGAAGUGCUUUAUGAAUUAAUUGUGUUUGUUUCUAUUUACAUAUACUGCAAGCAUUCUGUUGUUGAUUAUUUUAAUGAACUUUGUAACUUACUUGUAAAGUAAAUUUAAAACCAUG